GGCAAUAUAUGGUCGUUUCCACGUCUCUCACAAGCCUCACAAUCACCAGAACCAACAAGAAUAGUUCCGUCUACAAGCCAUCAACAUGACAGGUUCUCAGGCUCCCCGAGGUCCAUACAAGCUGGUGACAGUCAACACAGCGCCUGAGCGUGCGAAGCGUCUGGUCGGACGAGUAGCCGACGACCUCAAGGACAGAUAUGAGAUUCAGCACGUUCACAACUGCGAGACGAUCGAGGAAGUAGAAGGUGCUGUCACCAAACAUCAACCGCAGGUGCUCUUCUGUGCAUCCAUGUGGACUUCCGAACAAGCAGCAGAAAUCCAGGGAAUUGCCAAGAAGAUUAUUCCAGAUAUUGCUACCUAUGCCAUUCCUCACGGGCUGCAGGUCGAGAGAGGCCCGGACGCCAUCGUGGAACAUCUGGACGGCGUGGUCCCUCAGUUACUGGACUCACACUAUGGGAAGAGCACAUGAGAUGUGCGGUGAUGGUGAUGAUUAGUGAAAGUCGCAGAUGGGUAGAGGGUUUGGAUCUUCGACCACGAGUUUGGCCGAACAAUGCAUUGUUCUCUGCAGCAAAGAGAGUCUAUUGCUGCUGCGGUGGUGCGGUGCGGUGCAUUCCUCACGGUCCUUCGGCAAUGUUCGUGAUAGGGCGGUGAGAUGGUGUUCGGGUUGGAUCAUCCAUAGCAGGGCGUGACUGCACGCGUCCAGAAGGCUUCCACGCGUGGACAAAUGCGUUGUUGCACUGCCGACGUGCAUGUACUUUGGCGUGUACAUGUACCUACCUUACUGCAUGUUCAGAAACGUCCCGUGGUGCCGGCACCAAAUGCCAGAGCUUCCCAUCUUCUCCCAUCUUCUCGGCCCAUAGUCGUGUCCAGACCAUCCAGAUGGAGAUGUCA